AUGUAUCUGCGCCUCUGGACGCAUGUACUCAACCUUGUUGCCUGUGUGGUUGUUAUCGUCGCCGCGGACACCGAGUUUGAUUUCAACUCCGACGCCGACGUCUACGACAGCCACCUUACAUCUGACGAUCAACAGGUGUUUAUCGGGCUCUGUCCUGAUUACACGAGCUAUGCUCGCCACAAACAUAAGCCUUUGAGCGAAGGCCCUCUAGAACUUCCUUAUCAACGACCGCACCCUCUCUGUCGCAAGUUCUCGUCUCCAGCGGUGGAACAGGUUAUAGAAGAUUUAUACCCGCGACUGAAGGAUCCAGACCUGGCACAGAUCUUCCGCAACGCAUUUCCCAAUACAUUGGAUACCACUGUACUGUGGCACGUCGAUGGAGUCCAGAAACAUGCAGAGAAGUCGCGCUUGUUCCGGGACCGGGGCAAAUGGGAGGGCGCCCAGUCCUUCAUCGUGACGGGCGAUAUCAACGCUGAAUGGCUUCGUGACUCGACGAACCAACUUGCGCAGUACCAACAGCUCGCGAAUUCUGCAGAAGAUAUCUCGAGUCUACUCCUCGGUGCCAUCAACACGCAGGCCGAGUUCGUCAUCGCAUCGCCCUACUGCAACGCCUUCCAACCUCCUUAUCCGUCCCGUCUCCAGCCCGUUCACUCAGGCCAAGAAGACUCCGUUCAUCCCGCGUACGAACCCAGUGUAGUCUUUGAGUGCAAAUACGAACUCGACAGCCUGGCGGCUUUCCUGUCGCUCACGAACCAAUAUCACACCUCCACCAAUUCCACCGCGUUCCUUACGCCCCGAUGGUACAAAGCCCUCGGUCAGGUCCUCGAAGUAUUAGACGAUCAGUCGCGCCCCACGUUUGACCCUGGCACGGGCGCAUAUGAGAAGAAUGAAUACACGUUCUCGCGCCCGACGCGCCUGGGAACUGAGACACUCAACCUCGAAGGAACAGGGAACCCUCUAGCACAAGGCACGGGCCUCAUCAGAUCAGCAUUCCGCCCUUCUGACGAUGCUACGACUUUUGGCUUCCUCAUCCCGGCAAACGCAAUGAUGUCGGUCGAAUUAUCUCGCACCGCGGCACUACUCCGGGCUGCGUCCUCCACAGCCUCCGCCAAGGAAUCGGCCUGGAUGGUCCAAGUCUCCGAGAAUCUCGAGCGCCGAUCCAAUAUCAUCAAAGAUGGGAUCUACAAGCACGCCGUGGUGUCUCACCCGGAGUUUGGGCAGGUGUUUGCCUACGAAGUCGACGGAUACGGAGGCCGCCUGCUCAUGGAUGACGCCAACAUUCCGUCCCUGCUUGCUCUUCCGCUCCUCGGAUUCGUCGACAAGGAUGACGAGAUCUACCAGAACACAAGACGCAUGAUCCUCACCCAACGAGGAAAUCCAUACUUUCUAGUCGGCGACAAGUUCUCAGGCAUCGGCGGUCCGCACAUUGGCCUUCGAAACGCGUGGCCGAUGAGCGUGCUCGUGCAGGCGAUGACGAGCACCGACGACGCCGAGAUAAGCGAGUGCGUCGACCGCGUCAAGAACGUGAGCAUCUUUGGCCUAAUCAACGAGUCCGUUGACGUGCAACGGGGGGUAUGGCCUGGCGGAGACGGGAUGACCAGGAGUUGGUUCGCGUGGGCCAAUAGCGUUUUCGCACAGACGGUGCUAUGGCUUGCGGAGCAUAAGCCCCAUUUGGUCAUGAAGGCAGAAGAAGACGGGUCGUUCAAGAGUUAUCGAGUUGGUCUGGGGUUCGCAGCAUCGAACCAGUGA